UUUUCAGCUUUCGGUAUAAAAACGAAUUUCUUUGUUCUGGUUGAUCAUUCACAAGCGUUACCUCCAGUAGAACAUAUCCAACAUUCACAGCAAGAAUGGCAUUCAAGUUCGUUCUCUUCGCCGCCCUGGUCGCUGCCGCCAGCGCCGGACUGAUCCCUCAGCAUGGACACAUUGGACACGCUUCGUCGCACCAGAGCUUCCAGCAGCACCAUUCCGCUCCGGUGCACCACGUGGCCGCUGUCCAUGCUGCUCCGGUUCACCACUUGGCUGCUAUCCACGCUGCUCCAGUCCAUCACACGAUCGUGAAGGAAGUCGAGCACCACGCUCCGGCCAACUACGAGUUCUCGUACGCCGUCCAUGAUGAGCACACCGGAGACAUCAAGAGCCAGCACGAGACCCGCCACGGAGAUGAGGUCCAUGGCCAGUACAGUCUGAUCGAUUCUGAUGGUCACCAGCGUAUCGUCGAUUACCACGCCGAUCAUCACUCCGGAUUCAACGCCGUCGUCCGUCGUGAGCCAACCCACGUGAAGAUCGCUCAGCCAGUGCACAAGGUCAUUGCCCAGCCCGUCCAUGUCCAUGCUGCCCCAGUCGCCCAUCACUCGUUCUCCCAUGCUGCCCCAGCUGUCGCGUACACUUCCCAGCACCAUACAGCCCCAGUGGCCCAUGCUACCAUCUCCCAGGUUGCCCCGGUUGCCUACACCAGCGGACACGGACAUGGACAUCAUGCCACCAGCCACAUCAGCCAGAUCAGCCACAACAGCCACUAUUAAUUGGAAAACUGUGAUAUCAUGAGUUUUAGACGGAUCCUUGUAGUACAAACACGCAAAAUAGUUUAAUUGAUCAUGACUUGUAAAUAAAUAUAAAAAUAUCGCAAAAUACACCAAUCAAUUAUUAUCAACCGUAAA